UAGAUUGUGAAGAUGGCUGCUUCCUGCUUCCUAAUCUUUAGUCUGACACUUUUCCAAGCCCUGCUCAUCGGCCCUUCCUCGGAAGAAUACUUUCCCACCGCGUCCACGAUUAAGCAAUGGGUUGAAAAGAUGCAAAAUGAUCUUGUAACACUGGCAAGAACAGCAAGUGGUGUGGAUCAGCUUGCAGAGAUCUACACAAAGAACAAAAAUUUGUACACCGUGGAGGCCAAUAAUGCACGUCAGUUGGUCGAAAGUGCUGCAACUAACAUCGAAAAGCUACUACGGAACCGUUCUAAAGCCCUUGAGCACCUUGCAGAGAAAGCAGAGGAGAUACAAGGAUUACAUCAAUGGAGAGAUGACUUUGGGAAUAAUGACAUAGUUUACUACAACGCCAAGGAGGAUCACUAUGAUACAGAGAAGACUGAGAAUGAUUCUCUGAGUCAACGAAUCAAGCCUGUAUUUAACGAUGAUCCGGUCUUUCGGAGACAAACAAAUUACCAACAUUCUGCUGUACAUAUUCCAACAGACAUUUACGAAGGCUCUACCAUAGUGUUAAAUGAGCUUAACUGGACUGCUGCAUUGGAUGAAGUGUUUAAGAAGAAUUCGGCUGAAGACAAAACCCUCUUAUGGCAAGUGUUUGGAAGUGCAACUGGACUGGCCAGGUACUACCCAGCUUCUCCAUGGGUAGAUAAGAGCAGAACGCCAAAUAAAAUUGACCUUUAUGAUGUUAGAAGACGACCAUGGUAUAUUCAAGGAGCAGCAUCUCCAAAAGACAUGCUUAUUUUAGUGGAUGUAAGCGGAAGUGUCAGUGGGCUGACAUUGAAGUUGAUAAGAACCUCUGUGACUGAGAUGUUGGAAACCCUCUCAGAUGAUGAUUUUGUAAAUGUUGCUGCUUUUAACAGCAAUGCCCAUGAUGUCAGCUGCUUCCACCAUCUUGUCCAGGCAAAUGUCCGCAAUAAAAAAGUUCUGAAAGAAGCAGUCAAUAAUAUCACAGCUAAAGGGACAACAGACUACAAGCAAGGCUUCAAGUUUGCGUUUGACCAACUUCGAAAUACUAAUGUAUCAAGAGCAAACUGUAAUAAGAUCAUCAUGUUGUUUACUGAUGGAGGAGAGGAUAAAGCCACGGAAACAUUUAAACUCUACAAUAAGAAUAAAACAGUCCGAGUAUUUACCUUUUCUGUUGGACAGCAUAAUUAUGAUAAGGGACCGAUACAGUGGAUGGCUUGUGAAAACAAAGGUUAUUAUUAUGAGAUUCCUUCCAUUGGAGCAAUUCGUAUCAACACACAGGAAUAUUUAGAUGUCCUUGGAAGACCAAUGGUUUUGGCGAGAGAAAAAGCAAAGCAAGUACAGUGGACUAAUGUUUAUUUGGAUGCUUUGGAGUUGGGCCUUGUCAUCACCGGUACCUUGCCUGUUUUUAAUUUGACAGGGGACCGUAAAGAAAAUAAAAACCAGCUGAUACUUGGUGUUAUGGGUGUAGAUGUUUCAUUGAAAGAUAUUCAAAGGCUUACCCCACGCUUUACACUUUGCCCAAAUGGAUAUUAUUUUGCAUUGGAUCCUAACGGUUAUGUGCUGCUUCAUCCAAAUCUUCAACCAAAGCCUAUAGGUUUAGGUAUUCCCAUGGUUAAUUUGAGGAAAAGGAGGCCUGGUUUUCAGAAUCCAAAAUCACAGGAACCAGUUACACUUGAUUUCUUGGAUGCAGAGCUGGAAAAUGAACACAAAGUGGAGAUUCGUACAAAAAUGAUAGAUGGCGAGAUUGGGGAACGCACUUUUCAAACACUAGUUAAAUCCCAAGAUGAGAGGUAUAUUGACAAAGCUAACAGAACAUAUACAUGGGGCCCAGUAAAUGGAACAGACUACAGUCUUGCCUUGGUGUUGCCAUCCUACAGCUUUUAUUACAUUAAAGCUAAACUAGAAGACACAAUGACUCAAUCAAAAUCCAAAAAAAGCAGAAUGAAGGACUGUGAAACUUUGAAACCUGAGCAGUUUGAUGAAGCUGGGGCCACCUAUCUAGCACCAAGGGAAUACUGUACUGAUCUACCCAUAUCUAAUAAUAACACGGAAUUCCUUGUAAAUUUUAACAAUUACAUAGACACAAAAACACCUUCAUACAAAGAAUGUAACAAAGAAUUAAUUAACAGAGCUCUACUGGAUGCAGGGUUGUCAUAUGAUCUUGUUCAAAACCACUGGAAGGGUCCACUACCAGAAGGGGUCACUGCCAGAUUUGUAUCUACAGAUGGUGGGAUUACCAGAGUGUACCCAAAAAGUGCUGGGGAGUACUGGUUUGAAGAUCCUGAAACAUAUGAGGACAGUUUUUACAAGCGCAGUUUGGAUAAUGACAUAUACAUUUUUACAGCGCCUUUUUUCAACAGAACUGGGCUGGCUUCUUUCGAUAAUGGUAUAAUGGUUAGCAAAGCAGUGGAAAUAACCAUUGAAGGCAAAUUACUUAAGCCUGCUGUUGUUGGAGUUAAAAUAGACAUUGAUAUCUGGAUGAGGAAUUUUACAAAUGCUACCGCCAAAGAACCGUGUAAGAUCGAUGAUGUCUGUAACUGUAAAAUGGACAGCUCGCAAUUGGACUGCGUAAUUCUUGAUGAUGGCGGUUUUCUUUUGAUGUCAAAUCAGAAGAGUUACAAUUCACAGAUUGGCAAAUUUUUUGGAGAGAUUGACCCAAGUCUAAUGAAAAAGCUUGUUAACAUUUCUGUAUAUGCAUUUAAUAAGUCUUAUGACUACCAGUCCGUGUGUGAUCCAGGUGAAGAGCCAGCAAAAACAGCUGCGCCCCGCUCUGUCUUUGUGCCUACAAUAGCUGAUAUUUUAAAUCUUGGAUGGUGGGCUUCUGCUGCUGCUUGGUCCAUAUUACAGCAGUUAUUAUGGAGUCUUACCUUACCACACUUUAAUGAGGCUGCUGAAUUUGAUGAUGAUGACUUUGCUUCCAUUAUGGCAAAGCAAAGCUGUAUCACUGAACAAACCCAAUAUUUUUUUGAAAAUGACAACCCAUCUUUUAGUGGGUAUUUAGACUGUGUCAACUGCACAAGAAUCUACCAUGUUGAAAAGCUUGUCAACACCAAUUUGCUUUUCAUAAUAGUAGACAGUCAUCACACGUGUGAUGCUUGUGAUCAGCAACCACUAAUACAAGCAGAACAACGAUCUAAUGGCCCUGAUCCAUGCCUGCUUGCUCAGAAUCCAAGAUACAGAAAAGGCCCCGAUGUUUGCUUUGACCAAGACGAAUUGGAGGAUGACGGGGAUUGCGGUGGAGUAUCUGGCUUGACUCCUUCACUAUGGUCCAUGAUAGGCAUUCAGUUUGUCCUGCUCUGGCUUUUAUCUGGUAGCAAGCAUUGUCAGUUAUGACCCUGAAAACCAAAAUAUGAAUUACUAAUGUCAACAUCCUGCCAAAAGAUUUACCCUGGAUUUACCUUAAACAAGGUCACUUGAUUGAGACCUUGGAAGAAUGGCUGUGUUCAUGCUGUAACUAUUAAUGUGUGAGAGAUUCACAGAGGCAUCUACAAAGCCUGCAUGUUAGAGUGUCAAAUCCUUAAUGGUAAAUUCUGAGAAUGCUGCAUCAUCUAUGCCAUCAGAACAGAAAUCUACAGUCAAUGUGCUUUAUUGAACAAUCUAAGAUGAUCUUUGUUGCAUCGUCAAUGACUAUAUGUAAAAGGGCUCCCUUUAAUAUUGCUUCUGUACAACAUGAUUUGUAGAAUUUCUUUUUUGAAUUUCAGUUUGUUGCACUCCCAGCCCUUUAUGCAUCCACUCGUGUACAUCAAAUCUAUUUUAUUAUUGUGCACUGUGUUUAGAAAAAAAACUACUGCUUUUAAUAUAUAAAUGUAUGUAAAAAACUGAAAUGCUCCUGUUUAGUCAAGUAUAAAUAUUGUUUAGUCAUCAAAAAAAUAUAAAAAAACUGAAAUGCCUUAUAAUGUAUAUUGAAUGGCUUGAUGUGCCAUUUAAAUGGGAGUAAAAAAAAAAAAAAAAAACGUGCAGAAAGAAAAUUCUAAUGGUCUUAUGGGCAUAGAAAAUUAAGUAUAUAGUGUAUAUUAACUACAUACACAUUUUCAUGGGUAUUUGAGAGUAUGACAUUUGUGACUCUCUAAGUGAUGUGUAAAUCUUUACAACUAUAGUUUUGUACAUGUAAUUCUGUAUAUCAAUGCUAACCAAAUCCUUUUCAAACUCAGAGAUUUUAAUUCAAAAAUAUUUUGGUUAGGAAUCUUACCAAUGGUAUUUAGCAUGUUAAUGCUGCUGCUAUUUUCUGUUCUGUUAGAAUGAAUUGGUUAGGAUGAGUUUUGUAGUCUUUAGGCUUUUACUUUGAGUGAGUGUUUUUUUCUUGUGUGACCGCUCUCUGCAGUGUGUUGCUAAUCAGUCAGCUUUCAUGAUAUAUAGUAUACCAUGCGUAUUUGGAUACUGUGCAAUGGAGUAAAAAUAGUAUAAAUGAAUGUAUUCUAAAGAUAUCAUUAUAUUGUAUGAUAUCACAAUCAUUUAUUUAUUCUAUAUAUUUAACACAGUAAUCACAAAAGGAAACAAUACAAACAUUGGGUCUGUAAGAACAAAAUUGACUAAACAGUGUAUGCAUGUUGUAGUGGUGCAGGUGGUAAAGGGAAGGGACAUUUCUUACUUGCUUGUUCAGACAUAUUAUUAGGACAUUCUUAGCAGUGCCAGAAAUGUGUCAUAUGUGUGUAUUUGUUGACGUCAGUGGUAAAUGCCAUUGCAUGGUAUCAAUGUGCAGUCUGCUUGAAAUAUGGAAAAAACAGGGGUUCUUAGUCCACGGGACAGGUUCCAAAUUAUUGAUCAUCUUGUGUUUUUAUGACUUUUUUUCUAAACAAUAAAGUAGUUGUGAUCCAUAUUUUAAUAAAACUAUCACUAGUU